AGGUAGCAGUAGGCUCACCAUUGUAACGGAGGUUGUUAGGACCUAAUCUCUUGUUUAAUGAAAGCUAAUUGAUUUCUGUGGGCAUUUGGUGCCUAUGUACAUUUUAAGAUCUAGAUUUUUUAAGAAUUCCAGCUUAUUUUUCAGAAACACUGUAACUGGCAAAAAGAUGAAGUUUAUUGGCUUGUUUUUCUUCUGUAUGCUGAUGAACAUGCUAACAGAUGCCCGGUCAAUCCAGGAUGGAGAUGAUCUCUACCAGGAACCUGUAGCCAUGCCAUACUGGCCUUUCUCAGCCAAUGACUUCUGGUCAUACGUGGAAUAUUUCCGGACCCUGGGAGCCUACAACAGGAUCACUGAAAUGGCCAGAACCUUCUUUGCUCAAUUCCCUUUUGGAAGUCAUCUUGGUUAUAAUGUCCCAAACCACGAGCACUAAUCACUUUGCUCAUCUCUGCCGAAGCGGGUGCUGAGAUGUUUAAGGGAAUGUGUGGCUGCCAGUGAAUGCACCAGAGCUGCCAGUUCAGGCACUUGCAUUAUUUUCAGCACUCUUUAAACCCUGUAGCAGUCAUAUAUACUACUUCUUGCUUUAUAAAAUCACAGACAAAAUUAGCUUUCUUUUUAGAAUUUAUGCCUUUGUGCAAAACCAAUAAACUCCUUGAUUUUUGA